AUGACCAUCAAAUCCGAAUUUGCUGAAUCAACCCCAGAAGAGAAACAAAGUAGGGAAAAUGGGGAAAGACCACAGGUAAAGGAAGAGAAAGGAAGACUUUUACCAAGCUCCAAAAACGUUGAUACUUAUAUUCCAGGAUCAGCAUCUACUGAAAAAUCUACUUCAACUGGAAAUGAUAGACCAAAAAGAAUCUUUAAGGAUGUUACAGCGUCAACACCAUCUCCAAAUCAUGAUAAUCUACAAGAGAAAAUUAGGAAAAUUCAAGAUGCUGUGGAACAGGGUUCACUCUCAAAGUUAUUAGAUGCAGUUAAGGAUGAUGAACUGUAUGUUGGGAAGAUAAACGAUGCUUCAAAAAACUCCAAGAGGUUUAGAACAGAUCUUAAAAAUAUAUUGAUUUCAUACAUCAACCAAAUCAUUCCUCGUUCUCACCCAAUGCAUGUCACAUCAGUGAAAAGAAUUCAAUAUGUUUUGGAGAGACAUCCACCACCUUCAAGAGACCCGGAAUCUAGACCAACAGGGCCAGGUGUAAAAUCCAGAGUUCCUCUUCCACCUCAACAAGCAGUGUCUGGGUUUACCAAUAAACCAAAUGACAAAUGGGGAAUGGACAGUAGAGCUAUGCAGUUACCUUCAGGACCCUCAAGUCAGACAUCAACACCUGCUCGUCCAUACGGUCAAGGAUACCGCCAGCCUAGUCGUCAAAAUACUAGCAUGCCAACAAGCUCAGGCUCUGGUAGACUUGUUCCACCACCACCACCACCAUUCCCACCACCUUCAAGAGAUUUAAAUGCAGGCUCCAAAAGAGAUUCAUAUAGCUCUGACAUGAGUAGAACAAGAAGCUCAGGUGAUCAUGGUUACAGAGAUAAAAGACAAAGAAGAGCUUAG